AUGGCAGCUCCAAGAGAAACCAAGAAGAGAACCACCAGAAGGAAGAAGGACCCUAAUGCUCCUAAGAGAGCUCUUUCGGCAUACAUGUUUUUCGCCAACGAAAACAGAGAUAUUGUGCGUUCAGAGAAUCCAGAUGUGACCUUUGGACAAGUGGGACGUCUUUUGGGUGAAAGAUGGAAGGCUUUGACUCCAGAUGAAAAGACACCUUACGAAAGCAAAGCAGAGGCAGACAAGAAACGUUAUGAGUCCGAAAAGGAGCUUUACAACGCUACGCGUGCUUAA